UUCAAAAAUGGCAUACGAUACAGUAGAAAGGUUUCAAAAAUUGAUCACUCAAACUCCUGCUGAUGUUGGUCCAGGAACUUACGACGUAGCAGAUGUAUCUUGCCCUCAAAGACACCUUGGUACACCUGUCGAUCUAUCGUAUUUCAAGUGUAAUAAAAAGAUUAAUUUACAGCUGAAUUUCAUCCCUUUCUGAGUGGAACAAAGAGACAGACACUUACUGUAUCUAAAUAUGCGAUGGAAGUACCUGGACCGGGGACAUAUUGCAUAAAAGAACCACAGAAACACAUUCCAGAAAGUAGUUCCUAAAUACCUUAAAAACAGAAUCUAAUUGUAACGAAGCAAAUAAUUAUAGGGAGGCGUCAGUAUCGAUUUCACCGAAGCCAGGUUUAAGGCGAAGGUGCAUCAGGGACCAGGUCCGACCGAUUACAAAGUGAAAGAAGAUGCGUUAAAGUGUAAUAAGAAAAGAACUCAUCCGGGAACUUGGAGAGGACCAGCCGGAAAAGUAACAAGUUCAUUCAAUUUUUCGAUCAUGUAAUAAUCUUUUAACUUGUAUAGUUAUGGUUAACUCGUCCACCCCGUUCGAUUCUUCCUGCGCCCAUCUCAGUUCCUGACAAACGCUACACGGGUUACCACAUCGACGAGUAUGGUGUCUUCAAGAAAAAUCCUCCCCUUAAACACGAGCCGACUGUCUUCUACAACGUUCCUCGAGAAGUAUUCAAUUCUCACGCUAAUAAUUUUAUGACGAUGAUGUUCUCCAGUCAUUUACAUAUUUUAAAUGAGGACCGUAGAUUAAUUUCUCUUGGCUACCAUUUGUAUCAGUACUUUUAAUCAUUUUAAAUAAGCAGUCAGGUAAUGAAUAAAAUAAAUCAAGCUACCAAUAAAAUAUCAGACGUCGAACUUGCACGUUCAAAUUGUUACGAGACACCUAAUAUAAAAUUCUCAGGAGACAAAUAUGACAACAUCGCUGUACAAAGGCAACUUCUGGAGCAGAAAGACAGGUAGAACUAGUCCACGAAUCAGUUCAACCCCAGGUCCCGGAGAUUAUGAGCACAAAAAGAUAAAAACAGCUGCCGAGUUGCAGAACGAAAAAAUAAGGGAAGCUAAAAGGAUGUCGUCUAAGCAGUUACGUUUUCUCGACGUCAUGCAAAGGAGGAUAAUUCGCGAGAACCUUCCAGCCCCUAACAGUUAUCACGUGAAGGGCUCGUUCGACAGGUUUCUCAAGAAUUGCAAAUGCGACCCUUACGCCGUGGAACCACCCCCCUUUGCACACACUGCGAAGAGAUUCGACGGUAAGGAAUCUGACAUACCAGGUCCAGGAACAUAUGAUCCUAAGAAUCAAACAAAAUGUAUAGCUUCAAAUUUUCUUGCUCCAUUUGGCACUUAUGCCAGUCGUUUCAAGAAGGUGUUAGAAAAUGAUGAACCAAGUCCAUGCGAUUACCAUUCGAGCGUCGGCAACUUAGCGUACGAGUCGCAGAAGCGUUACAAGUACAGCUACUUAAAACCACCAUCCAUAUUUUUCAAUCAAUUCUCGAUGGUGGAAGAAGAUCACUAUGUUCCGAAUUUUGUAGAAACGAUUGAAGCGAAGAAGCAUGCGGUGUACCAUGCUGCUUUUAAAUGUAAAACGGAGAGAUUCCCCACAAUUGAGGUGGACGUUCCCGAUCCGGGUGCUUACGAGGUCUUAACGGCUUUCAAGGCAAAUCGUGAUCGAUGCGAUGUCCUCCGUCGACGAGCACCCUUCGGUUCUCGAGUCAGCCGAUUGCCAAGGACGCAGGACGACAAGCACCCUACGCCUGAUCCCACUUCUUACGAGAUGGCUGGAGACAUUUCGAUGAACGUGAAAGGUGGCUUGAUGUUUCUUCCCAGCAGUAUCGAUGAGGCUAAACCUGGACCUGGUCCGACGCAUUACUGUAUCCACCCUUAUCACGCGUCUUCUAUGCUGAAGAAAUCAUUCAACGUCAAGCUAGGAAAACCGAAAGUGAUCAAAGAAAUGAUAGAGAAGGAGAAAUCUAGAAAAGCACGGUGUCCUUGUACAAGGAAGACACUUCGUUGGUUCACAAAGUACGAUCAAACAGUUUGUAUCUAACUCGAAAUUUUAUACUGUAAACAAGUUUUAAUUUUAUUCAUUUUGUUACCGCUUCUAUAUUUUGAACAAUGAAUUUGAACUUUCUAACUUUCCCUCGUAUUUAUUCGAAAGAAGCGCAUUAUCUCCGUCACUUAAUUUUCUGUGAAGAUUUACGGCACAAAAUUUGAUGCUUCAAUUCAGAGAUCUACUAAUUAUAGUUCAAAGUCUCUCUUCGAACGUGUCGCGAAUGGAGGGAAAAACGAGUAUCAGCAAUGACAAUUCCGUAAACGCUCCUCCCUCGUGGUCUGUUCAUUAACACGCCAUUAUUAUUCGCGUCGACUGUCGAUGACAAGUUGCCAACUCGUCGAGCACGA